UUUCCAACUCACCACCAAACCACUCUCUCAACCAUGAAUCCACCCACACCAACAAAAGCCAGCCAUCGCGCCCUGGCCCUCCCCGAGCUCCUCACGGAAAUAAUCGCCUGGAUCCACGCCGACAGGCUCAGCACCUGGCCCGCGACGCGCGCACCACAACCCCCAGAAUCCACCCCCACCCCAUCCACCGAUGAUUGCGACGACCAAGGCUCCGUCUCCGACACCCCCUGCGACGAGGACGCAGACGAGCCCGAAAACACAUACCACUACACGCGCACCGGCGCCCUGUACCGCUGCGCCCUCGUCAACCGCCCCUGGUCAGCCGUGACCCUCCCCAUGCUCUGGCGCGACGACCUCGACUCAUCGCACAGCAGCAACGACCUCCCCGACCGGCUGGCGCGGAUCGCCGACCCCGCGCGCCGACAGAUGUACGCUGCGAUGGUGACGCGCGCCCGCCUCGUCACCGUCUCCGAGCCGGUCGCGCAGGGGUACGGCGCCGCACUGCGCGAGGUCGAGUUUCUGCGGCUGAGGUCUGUCACCUUGGUGUGUCCCGGGGCGGGAGGGGGUGAGUUGUCGUGCGUGCCGCCGGUGCGGGGCGGCCGGGUCAAGGUGCUGGAGAUCGAUCCGCGGUUCGAGUCGUGGCCGGAUACGUACUGCGUGCGGCAUGCGGAGUGGGAGGCGUUGUUUGGGGAGAUUCUGACGAUUUUCCCGAAUGUUGAGACGGUGGUGUUCAAGGACCGUGCGAGGGUGUUUCCGGGGGCGCUGCAGCGGUUUGCGGAGAGGUUGUCUGCCUUGAGGCGGUUGGAUCGUCGGCUUGUUAUUGAGAAUGAGGAUAUUUAUAGUCCCGGAUAGAGGUGCAUAGCGGGGUGUGGGUUGUGCUGGGAGUGUGCGGAAGAGGGUGGGCGGAGGUAGGUUAGGGCCGGUUUUGAAGGUAGUAGUAUUUAAACGAAUGUGCUGAACGGUUCAAGGCUCUGCCAUUCUCCGGUGGUUCAUGAUACCCAGGCUUUUCCUUCUGCUUACCGUUUGCACUUUUUGAUCCAGGGUCACAAAGCUGGACUGGCUUUACCGACUAAUCUUACCUUCCUACUGAAAAACAUUUUUGGAUCCUGUUUCGAACUCUCAUGUUGCCACAUUCUCAAUCAACAUGUGUCAAUCCCG